CGUAAUUACACACAAAAUAUGAGAUCCUAAACGAAUCAAGAAAAAACAAUUCAACCGAAAAAAAAAACAGUGAAAAGCGGAAAAAUUGCCAAAAGAAAAGCCAACAACACACAGAGUGAUAUACAAAACAUUUUUUAUAUAUUUUUUUUUUGGUUCAAUAAGUGUUGAAAAAAGGCCUCGCUAUGCCUCUGUACUCGGACACGACCAACUACUAUUACAGCGGCGGCAGCAGCCAGCUGUAUUCGCCGUACUAUAGCUCCGGCCUGGGCCUAAAUCUGGGCUCACCCGGCUCCAGUUACACCUCCAGCUACAAUCGCUCCUAUCCGGCCAGCUAUAUGGUGCCGCUGGGUCCCUCCUCGCCGCGUUCCCCCAGCAGUUAUACCGGCAGCAGCUCCACAUCCUCCUCCGUUUCACGGUAUCAGCCAAAGCUAACCACAAUCACCGAGACCGGCCGGCAUAGUGGUCACAGCAGCCUGAUGCCUUUGACCAGAAUCCAGUCGCCCAAAUACAGCAGCUCCUCGGUGUCCAGUCCCAGUUAUGGCUCCUCGGGGACCACAAGCCGAUAUAUUCCACCGCGUCCCAUUGCCAUUAAUACGGCGGAUAUAGAUGUUAGCUCCUCAAGAUAUCGCCGGGGAGUGUCCUCAGCCAGGACCAUCGAAAAAGAGAAGGAGGAUAAGGAGCAGAAGGAGGAAAAACCUUUGCAGUCCAAGGAGGAAAUCAAAGAAGAGAUCACACCCAAGGAGACAGACAGACAGGAGGAGGUCACCUCAUCGGAUAAUCAAGAUCCGGCAAGAACCGAAGCCCGUCCCAAUCGUAGAUCCACCAUCAAAAGAAAUCGUGCCGUCGUUCGGCUCUCAACGAUUCGCAGGCGCAGCAAGGAACGUCCCAAGGAGCAGGUUCUGCAGCAGGCACAACAGGAUCAUCAGUUCAGGGAUCUGCCGCCAGCCACCGAGCCCAGUCUGAGUUGGCGCCAGAAAUUGGCCGAAGAACUAGCCGCUUUUCCCGCCACCAGCAAUAAAAAGUCACCGGGAGAACUGCUACGGGAGAGAUUCUACAUCAGAGAUGAGAAGGAAGAGCAGGCACAGCCCAUACUCAGACAGAACCUCAAGAGGAGUCAAACUCCAGAGGUGACGGAAACCAAAGCCACGCUGGACAAGGAAGAACAGGAGGACUCGGACACCGCCUCCAUCUCCGCCUCGGAGAAGCAGGAAAAUCUUGAGGAAAUUGAAAAGACCAUACGGCGGCUGAGCCUGGUGCAGUGUCCCACGUUCCAUGACAUUUGUGAGGAUAUCUCUUCCGACAAGAUAGACGACGAUCUGAAUGCCGGUGAACUGCGACGCCGGGCUUCGAUUAUACAGGAACAGGAGCAGGAGAUCCUGAACAAGCUGCAAAAGUCCAGCUCUGGCACCUUCCAGCUGAUCCACCUGGAGCGUCGGUCCAGUCAUGAUAGCACCACCACAGCGGAUGAGGCCGCUAGCGGCGAGAGAGCCAAGCGACGCUCCAAGAAGAGCAAGAAAUUGCGCCACAAGAUCACCGCCAUUGUGGAGGUGGAGAAUGCCCCUCAGGUGACGCCACAGAUCGAUCAUAUGCCCAGUGUUUUGGAACUGAAUGAGGACACCUCGAACCUACAGUCAUUGGCCGCUGUCAGCUCCGGUUCGGGAUCGAGUUCCACGCCAAGUCCCAGUCCCAAGCCCAAGUUCACGGUGAAUGUGGAGACGGUGGAGGAGCACCAUCAGAUACACAAGGUUUUCAAGCUGCCCAAGAAAAAGACACCACCGGCGGCGGUGGAGGUGAGAGAGCAGGCCGUCCUACCGGAGGGAUUCAUGCGGGCAGCUCCAAAAACAACCAAGACAUCGCCGCUAAAGAAGGUCAGCAGCGCCAAGGCUGGCCAGCAGCCGGAGCAGCAUGUGAGUGUGGCGCAGAUUUUUACCUUCGACGAGGCGGCCAUACAGGAGCAGCAGCAGAAGCAGCAUCAAGAGCAGCAGCAACAUCAGGAGCAGAAGCCCAAGCCAACAGAGGCCAAAGUGGUAAGUGGUGUGGCCACGCCAAAGUCAACAGAGACCAAGAUCGAGGGUGGUGUGGCCACCCCCAAGCCCAUUCGCAAGGCCAUUCAAAAAUCCGAAAGCGGUGAGGACUUUUGGUCGCAAAUUGGAUCACGGGAAACUCUCUACAUGACCAAUCGGAAAAAGGUUAAUGCAGAGCGACAGGAGCGACUCCUCGAAGAGGAAAUGCCACCAACGACACCAAUGACACCCAAGGAAACAAAGACAGAAUCAAAGACACCAACAACGCCGAAACUUAAGUCGGAACUUCUCAUAGAACUUAAGACAGCAACCACUCCAACCGAGAUAAAGAGCUCAAUAGGUACAGGCAAAGAUUCUUCAAAAACUACAACAACACCCACAACUGAUACACCAAAAUUAAAAGUCACAUCACCCAAGAAAAAACCAACUGUAGCGGAUGCUGCUAAACCCAAAACAACAACUGUUUUGGCCAAAAAGGUUUCACCAAAAGCAACAUCGGUGGUGGAGGCGAAAUCUACAACGCCCUCAAACGAUUCACCAACAACUAAAGUGACUACACCAAAAAUAAUUGUGGAAACACCACCACUAAAAGUAGAAACACCAAAAACACCGGAUGCACCUAAAAUAAAAACGGAAACACCAACAAAAGUUUCACCACCAACAACGCAAAUAAAAACAGAAACACCAACAAGCUUGCAGGAAAAAGCAAAAGCUUCACCAACAACAACAGAAAUCAAAACAGAGACAACUACAAAAAGUUCACCAACAAGCAAGGAAGAAAAGCCAUCAGCUGGAAAAGAUUCACCAACAGACAAGGAGAAAAAAUUACCAACGCCGCAGAUAAAAGCUGAGCCCACAACAAAAGUUUCACCAACCACAUCAGAAAUCAAAGCUGUAGAACCAACAAAAGUCUCACCACCAACAUCUACCCCACAGGCUAAAGCUGCAACACCAACAACUCCACAGAUUAAAGCUGCAGCAACCCCACUCAAACCAGCGACAGAUGAAGCCAAAACAACAGCACCAGCAAUUCCAAAGACAACAAUAGCAAAGACAACAGCGAUGACAGCAGCAACAACUGUUGGUAAGACAGCAGUCGGAGGAGCAGCAGCAGCAACAGCUAAAACAAUAUCUGGCAACGCUGCUGCUGCAACACCAACAGCAGCGGCCAAAUCAAAACUGAACGAAACAGCAGGGCCAAAAAUAAAUAGCGGGCAAAUGGCCAAGUCACCUGAACAACAACAGGCAACGGCAGCCGCUGUCUCGGUCUCAGCCGAAACGAAAAUAAAUAAAACAACGCAUAAGGAACAACAGCAGCAGCAGCAGCAACACGACACGGCAGCAACAUUGGCAGGGCAAACGGAAACCAAAACGAAAUUGACGGAAGCCGCCAAGUCAAAGGUGCAAUCACCGAAAGCGAUAAAGCCAAAAAGUGCCGGCAAAAAGAAGGCAGGAGCAACAGCGGCAAUAUCUCAGCCUGAUACUGAGAGCAAUGUGACCCCAAUCAAUGCCGAUCAAUUUAUAACGCUGGCCCCCAGCAAGCAGGCAUUGCAAGUGCAACAGCAACAGCAACAGCAGCAACAGGCCACAAAUGCGUCAUCGCCGGCAGCAGCAGCAGCAGCAGCAGCCGCGGCAGCAACAAGCAAUGCGACAACUGCAACGCCUACAACUUCUGCAACUUCUGCUCUCAAUGUGGCUCCCAGUCUAGGUGUUGCUCCCAGUCUAGGUGCUAGUCCUACCGCUCUUGAUGUUGUUGCUACUGCUGUUAACGCUCCCGCUCUUGAUGUUGCUCACGACCGCGACCACGACGACAACGACAACAGCUGCGGCGAAGGCAUCGCCGACGGCGUCGGCAAUAAUUUAUCAAAGUUUGCAACAGUAUCGAAUUUGGCACAGUAUCUGCGAGACGUUGAUGCCGUUCUAGAGGACUACGUCCCAUCGUCGGCCGAGAGCAGCGACGAUAGCUACGACGACGUCAGUUCGCCAGAUUAUUCCAGCAUCGACGGUUCUAUCCACCUGACGGCCAGCAUGAAGAAGAAACAGCGCAAGGAGAAGAAAAAGCAAAAGGCGAAAGCCGCUGCCGAAGCCAAACGCUUUGAUCCCCAAAAGAAGAUCAAAAUCGAUACUACCAACAAGUGCUAUGUAAAGGAGGAGGCGCCACGAUAUCCACUAGUGGCCACACCGCGUCCCCUGUGGAAGCGCGAAAAGAUUGUCUAUUCCGAUGAGAAUACGGACGAUGAGAGUGGCUCUGAGGAGGGAUCAGGUGGAUCCCUGGAUGAGGAUAGCGACGAUGAGAGCGAGGAGUGCAGUGAAUCCUCGGCAAGUAGUGCCAGUUCCGUGGAUUCAAAGGCAAAUGCUGGCAAGGAUUCCACUGAUGGUGGUGGAACAGCUACCAGUGCCAUUACCUUGAGCGUUACAGCCGCUGGUUCUACUGCUGGUGGUGGUGGUGGUGGUGUUGCCGCUGCCGGUUCCGGUUCUGGAUCGCCAUCCAUUAUACGUAUGAGCACGUGCAGCAACGAUUCCGGCUUUGAGGGCGGCACCGCGCCCUCCAGUCCCAAGAAGAUGUUAGAAACAUCAUAUACAUAUUCACAAUUCCAAAAAUCCGGACGUUUCACUGCGCCAGCAACAGUAAUACCUAGAUUUAAGAAUUAUUCGGUAGAUGAUUUCCACUUUCUCGCCGUUCUUGGCAAAGGAAGUUUCGGCAAGGUUCUGUUGGCCGAGCUGCGUGAUACCACGUACUAUUAUGCCAUCAAGUGCCUGAAAAAGGAUGUCGUACUGGAGGACGAUGAUGUGGACUCGACUUUGAUUGAACGCAAGGUCCUGGCCCUGGGCACCAAACAUCCCUAUCUGUGUCAUCUGUUUUGCACCUUCCAAACGGAGAGCCACUUGUUCUUUGUGAUGGAGUAUCUGAAUGGCGGUGAUCUCAUGUUCCACAUCCAGGAGAGCGGACGCUUCUCCGAGGAGCGGGCCAGAUUCUAUGGCGCCGAAAUCAUAUCGGGCCUUAAGUUCCUGCACAAAAAGGGCAUUAUCUAUAGAGAUCUCAAGCUGGAUAAUGUCCUUUUGGAUUACGAGGGACAUGUUCGUAUUGCCGAUUUUGGCAUGUGCAAAUUGCAAAUCUAUUUGGACAAGACGGCCGAUAGCUUUUGCGGCACACCCGAUUAUAUGGCGCCCGAAAUCAUUAAGGGCGAAAAGUACAAUCAGAACGUGGAUUGGUGGUCGUUCGGUGUGCUGCUCUAUGAAAUGCUGAUUGGACAGUCGCCAUUCAGUGGCUGUGACGAGGACGAGCUCUUCUGGUCGAUUUGCAAUGAAAUUCCAUGGUUCCCAGUCUAUAUAUCUGCCGAGGCAACUGGCAUACUUCGUGGGUUGCUGGAGAAGGACUAUACGAAGCGCAUUGGCUCCCAGUAUAGUCCCGCUGGCGAUAUAGCCGAUCACAUAUUUUUCCGACCCAUCGAUUGGGGUCUGCUGGAAAAGCGGCAAAUAGAGCCGCCAUUUAAGCCGCAAGUGAAACAUCCCCUGGAUACACAAUAUUUCGAUCGCGUUUUUACCAGGGAGCGAGUGCGUCUAACGCCCAUCGACAAGGAGAUUCUGGCUUCCAUGGAUCAAAAGCAGUUCCAUGGCUUCACCUACACGAAUCCGCACAUCACUUUGGACUAAACAAAAUAAUAAGAAACUUAAUAUCGAAUAUCUCCUAAUUAAAUAUAUAUUUUUUAGAGCAACAGUA